ACAUGUGCGUUGGUGAAAUCGUGAAAUCGCAGGCUGUGGGUUGGCUGUGCGAAUGAUCUGUUUAUGUUUAGCACUUUCAUCUUAUCUUUCAAGGUGACAUUUCACUGUCUCUUCUUUGAUCAAUGCAGCCUAGGUUGGCGACCUUUAGAUAUGAUGAAGAAGCGUUUCGCUUGCCUCAGCGCUUAAUUAAGGACAAGAUUAUCGCAACCGGGCGGAGUUCGCUUGUGUGGGGUUCUAGCCAAAUAUUGCAUUUCUAGGUGAUGUCGAAACCACCCAGCAAGCAAGCAGUCCUUAGCUUGUACCGAAGCUUGGUACGUUACGGACACCGUUUAGAGUUGUCUGAUAAGAAUUAUUACUUCAAGAGGCUCAGAGAGGAGUUCGAAGCGCGAAAGACACUCACGGAACCAAAGGAACUUGAAUUUUACUUCAACCGCGAGCUUUUAGGAGCAGCGAGUGGGCAUGGGCGAGCCGAGCAUGCGCACCGAGAUCGUGCUCACCGGCUUCGGUGGCUACGACAAGCUGGCGGUGCGCGAGGCUGCGGACGCCACGUACUCCUUGCUCGACGACGAGGUGCUGGUGCGCGUGCGGGCAUGCGGUGCCAACUUCGCCGACAACUACGUGCGACUGGGGCUGUACGUGCAUGGACACAAGCGGCCGCCAUUCGUCAUGGGCAUGGAGGCCGCCGGUGACGUUAUCCGAGUCGGCAGCGCCGUCACGCGCUUCAAGGAAGGUGAUCGCGUGAUGUGCUGGUGCUUCACUUACGGCCUGUGGACGAGCGUGGCCGCACUGCCCGAGCGGGACUGCUUUGCCAUCCCGAACGGAAUGAGUUACAGCGAGGCCGCCGCCUUCCCAAUCAGCUACGCAACGGCCUACCUCUCCAUCUGCGACUUCGGGGGCCUCCGCAAGGGUCACAAGGUGCUCAUCCAGGCGGCCGCAGGUGGCGUGGGCUGGGCUGCUACCCAACUGUGUCACACAGUGGAAGACGUGACAGUCUACGGGACGUCGUCGGCGUCCAAGUUUUCCCUUACGCAGCAAAACGGUGUCAACCAUCCGAUUGACUACCAUGUCGAGGACUUCGUCACUGCAGUGAACAGGAUGGAGCCUAGAGGCCUGGACAUCAUAAUGGACUGCCUGUCUGGCGGAGAGUUUACCCGUGCGAGGGCACUCCUCAAACCCAUGGGACGCGCCAUUCAUAUUGGCGUGAGCAGCAUGGUGUGGGGCCAGUACUUUCGGCCGUGGAAGACGUUCAAGACGUGGUGGCAGACCAAGCUGGUGAACGUGUAUAACCUGUCCAAGGACAGCCAAGCCAUAUGCGGCCUCAGCCUGGCCACUGUCUCCGAGAGGGAGCCCCAGCGCAUGCUCGAUGUCAUGCAGCGCCUCACCGAGCUGUACGAACAAGGAAAGCUCAAGCCACACAUCGACUCCGAGUGGCCCUUCGCAGAGGUCGCCAAGGCUAUGGAUCAGAUAAUUGAAAGAAGAAAUGUGGGCAAAAUAAUACUUUUGCCGCCCGAAGAACACAAGAAGUGAUUGUUGCCAGAAGGGCAUACGAGAGUGACGAACAAAGAAUUAGGACGACUUAUGCUGUUGUUAUUAUAUUUUUUUUGCUAUUGUAAUUCUCGUAUGAAGAACAUUUCUAUCAAGCGUGGCUUUUCGCAGUGUGGCAGAAGGCCCCGUUUACAAAGUUUGUAGCAAUGUGUACAAUACCGCAAUAAAGUGGGAAU